AUGUCUGAAUUGAAAACAGGUCAUGCAGGCCAUAACCCUUGGGCUUCAGUUGCCAAUUCCGGCCCGAUCUCCAUUUUAUCCUACUGUGGUUCGUCCAUUUUGAUGACAGUCACUAACAAGUUCGUCGUCAACUUGAAGGAUUUCAACAUGAACUUUGUCAUGCUAUUCGUGCAAUCUCUAGUUUGUACUAUGACCUUGAUCGUUCUACGUAUACUGGGUUAUGCGAAGUUCCGUUCAUUAAACAAAACAGACGCCAAGAACUGGUUCCCUAUUUCCUUUUUACUGGUCUUGAUGAUCUACACUUCUUCUAAAGCUUUACAGUACUUGGCUGUCCCAAUUUACACCAUUUUCAAGAAUUUAACUAUUAUCUUGAUUGCUUAUGGUGAAGUUCUGUUCUUUGGUGGCUCUGUCACCUCAAUGGAAUUAUCGUCAUUUUUGUUGAUGGUUCUCUCUUCCGUUGUUGCUACUUGGGGUGACCAACAAGCUGUGGCUGCCAACGCUGCCUCAUUGGCUGAAGGAGCAGCCGGUGCUGUUGCCACAUUCAAUCCAGGUUAUUUCUGGAUGUUUACCAACUGUAUUUCUUCUGCGCUAUUUGUUCUUAUAAUGAGAAAGAGAAUUAAGUUGACCAACUUCAAGGAUUUUGACACUAUGUUUUACAACAAUGUUCUGGCUCUACCUAUCCUAUUACUGUUUUCUUUCUGUGUGGAAGAUUGGUCUUCUACCAAUUUGACCAAUAAUUUGUCCAACGAUUCGCUAACUGCUAUGAUCAUCAGUGGUGUUGCAUCUGUCGGUAUCUCUUACUGUUCCGGUUGGUGUGUUCGUGUUACUUCAUCUACUACAUAUUCGAUGGUUGGGGCUUUGAACAAGUUGCCAAUUGCCUUGUCUGGUUUGAUUUUCUUUGAUGCUCCAAGAAACUUCUUAUCCAUUCUCUCCAUUUUCAUUGGUUUCCUAUCAGGUAUUAUUUAUGCUGUUGCCAAACAAAAGAAGCAACAAGCCCAACCCUUACGUAAAUGA